UAUAUUCCUGUCGGUUUUGGAUUUGUACAUAUCUGUUAAUUAAUUGACUUCAUUAUAUCACGAAUAAGCUAAUUGGUUGCGAAGAAUUAAUAGAAAGUUCUCAAGCAUUUAUAUUUUAUUCGGAUCAAACAUGACGUCUCGUGGUUAUAUUACUGUUGGUGGAGGGUCGUCUUGGCGUUCUUCAGGUUUGCCUAACAGACUGUUGAUGUCGAUGAUGUUGAUGAUAAUGAUUACGUUUUCUUACACACAAGACUCUAUUGAAAUGACCAGCCUGACACCUGCUGAUGGUUUCACAAUUGGAGGAGGAAAUACAAUGAAUAUUACAUGUUCAUAUAAUAUGAGAAAUUUCCUUAAGUUCAAGGUAGUCAAAAACAACAGCACCGUUGUAGAGAUGCAAUACAGCAUAAGUAAUAUGGUCUUUCAAAUCGUGCAAACAAGAGGUUUCGAUUGUACUUUCCCAGGAACUGGAACAUCUGAUUUGGUUAAUUGCUGGAAAAGUAACCUCACUUGCGAUGAUGUGGCAUCAUACACAUGUUCGACAAACACAGUCACUUCCUCUCCAAAGUCUCUAAAAGUGAAAUCUUCUAUUAAGAACAUGACACGCGUUGACUCUCACUAGGAUGGAAACAAGAUAUCUACAUUCAAGUGUACAGCAAAUGUUGCAUUACCAUCUACAGCUCCUGUUAAAUUUCAAUGGAAAAUACAACUCGAUAAUCGUCAAGAUCCGAUUUAUGAAGACAAAGAGGCCAUCGUUCCAAAUUCUACAGAGUGUUAUGUUGUAGCUUCUUCACAAUAUCGGCAUAACGAUACGUUCGGUGGCCUCGAAAAGAUUUCAUGUACAGUAUUUGGCCAAACAUUAGAUCUCUCGUAUACAAUUAUUGAAAUGACCAGCCUGACACCUGCUGAUGGUUUCACAAUUGGAGGAAGAAAUACAAUGACUAUUACAUGUUCAUAUAAUAUGAUGAAUUUCCGUACGUUCAACAUCAUAAAAAACAACAGCACCGUUGUAGAGAUUCAAAAGUACGUACCUUAUGAUAUACUUGGAAUCAUGCAAACCGGACGUUUCGAUUGUACAUUACAAAGAACUGGAACACCUGGUUUGGUUAAAUGUUCGAAAAGUAACCUCACUUGCUAUGAUGUGGCAUCAUACACAUGUUCGACAAACACAGUCACUUCCUCUCCAAAGUCUCUAAAAGGUCAGUUCACCAUCUAA